AUGGAUGAAGAUGAAGAAGCCAUGCUGUCCCACGUUCAGCAAAAGGAUUUGGUUGAUGAGUUGUUGAAUGGAUCUCUAAGACUCUUGGAUAUCUGUGGCAUUGCUAAGGAUUCCUUGUUACAAACUAAAGAGGCUGUACAGGAACUUCAAUCAAUUUUCCGCAGAAGGAGGGGCGACGAUAUUGAACUUACAAGUGUGGUUAAGAAAUACCUGACCUCCAGGAAGACAGUGAAAAAGACAAUCCAAAAGGCCUUGAAGAAUUUGAAAGUCAUAAAAAACCCAAUCAAUGAGGAACACGAGACGAAGGCCACAACUAGCAUUUUAAAAGAGGUUGAAGCAAUCACAUUCAAUGUGAUUGAAUCUUUGUUGUCCCUUAUCUCAGGGCCAAGGAAGCUAAGCAGCUGGUCAGUAGUUUCCAAGCUAAUGCACCCAAAAAAGGUAGCAUCUGAGGAAACAAACACAAAUGGGUUUGAAGAGAUGGAUGCUAAAUUAUCUAUCCUCAUCGGUCACAAGACAAGCAAAUCUCAAAACAUCCAGAACCAGCUUACAGAAAUGGAGUCAAACGUUCAACUUCUUGAAGACGGACUCGAGUCCUUGAGCAGGCGUUUGAUCAAAACUAGAGUCUCUCUUCUCAACAUCCUCUACAAUUAG